AAGAACAAGUAAGCAUCCCAUGCCUGUAUACCUGUACGGCCAAGGUGUGUCCUUUCGGCUACUUACCUGUCGGUUGUCCCAGGUGUCAAUGUGCUCCUGAUCCAUGUCUGUUUACAAACUGUCCUAGAGGAUUUACAUGCUCCUCUAUUCCCUCAGACUGCGGAUAUUCAAAGUGCUCUCACAAAGCCGCCUGUUUACUGAACACCACGUCUGGAGAACAACCUUGUGGGUGUAGAUCUGAUUUUUCUCCUGUGUGUGGUUUGGAUGGGAAAACCUAUUCCAAUGACUGCGUACGAUAUUGUGUUGGGGCAUUAAAGAAACACGACGGAUUUUGUCACUGUGAAUGUAUCCGUAUUUAUGACCCUGUGUGUGGAGAAGAUGGACAAACCUAUAUAAACAAGUGUUUUCUACAGUGUAGGGAUAAAGCUAUAAAGGAGAACCAUCUUUGUUCCUGCCAAUGUCCACUGACAAAGAAAAGUGUGUGUGGUGUAGACGGACAAACGUACAUUAAUGAAUGUGUUAUGAAGUGUGCAGGUGUUCCUAAAAGACAGGACGGAACGUGUGAAUGUUUGAUGAUGUGUAAUGCUGUUCCCAGACCAGUUUGUGGAAGCGAUUUCAUUACCUACAGAAACGACUGCUUUAGGAAUUGCGCUGGUGUAGGUCUUUCCAUGAGCGGUCCUUGCAGAAGGCUACAAAGAAAACCGAACCCUGGAACACAAUCACAAAUUAAUCGUCAGCUCUGACUCGUAUCAUUGUAUAAUUUCAAAAUAAAAAGAACGAUAACCCC